CUACUUUCGCUGCUGGACCACCACGUCAAGGAUGAUUACUACAGAAGCGCCCUAGUUAGCGCAACCGCCGUGCUAGGCGUGGACUGCGACUGUGGGUGGAAGAGCCCCCUCGUGUAUACGACGUCGCUGUCUGCUAUUGUGACAGUAGCCAAGAUGCUAGUGCUGUACAGCGCAGUGCAGGCGCGGAAGAAAGCGGUAGCAGAUCUUAUAGAAGCAGAGUCGUGGGCGCAGGAGGACGCAGAGGACAUAGCGCGGAGCCACGUAGAGCUGGUGCAGGAGAUGGUUAACUGCUUCAUGACGCUAAGCACGCACGGUGGCCUGCCCACGCCCAUGGACUGGGUGCUACGGCUGCGGGCGUAUGGCAAGAAGAUUAGGGGCGAGGUGACCGCGGAGGGCACCGUUCAGUGGGUAGGAGACACGAUCCUGCACGGCUACACGCAGUACAGCAUGCCCGCGCUGCGCUCGAUGAUCCACGGCCUGGUGGAGACGACGCGUAGGGAACUGGAGAGGGACUUGCUGCUUCUGGACGUCGACGAGCUCGGCCAGCUCGCUGAGGGAGCAACCCUGUUGCCGACGAUCGAAUGGGACAAGAUUGUGGACAAUCCCGCUGAGCUGCGGUCUGGAUUCAACUUCUUCCAGGACAAGCGCAAC